AGCGGAAAGUCCAAGUCCGGCAAGGCCGCCGGCGAAUCCACUGGCAAGACUCAGUCGCGCUCUGCGAAGGCCGGUCUUCAGUUCCCCGUCGGUCGUGUGCAUCGUCUCCUUAAGCGGGGCAACUACGCACAGCGUGUGGGAGCUGGCGCACCUGUAUACCUCGCCGCCGUUCUCGAGUACCUUGCAGCCGAGAUCCUCGAACUUGCGGGAAACGCGGCUCGGGACAACAAGAAGCAGCGUAUCAUCCCUCGACACCUUCAACUUGCUAUCCGGAAUGACGAGGAGCUGCACAAGCUCCUUGGUGACGUGAUCAUCUCGCAAGGUGGUGUUGUACCACACAUCAACCCUGAGCUCUUGCCUACGAAGACACAGAAAGGCAAGAAGGACAGCCAGGAGGUUUAG